GAACGUUUUAAGUAUUUAAUUUUAAAAUAGUCUCAAAAUAAUUUAAGCAAAUGAAUCAAUACUUUUAUGAAGAUCAAGUUUUUACUAUUGAUAAGAAAGGAAGUGUAAAAUUUGGAUUAGUUGUUGAGAAUGAGGUUCCAAGUGAUGGAGAAUAUGAAAAUCAUACAGAAACUGAAAAAUUUCUACGAAAAGGAGAGCUAAGGGUUGUGUGGUAUCCAGAGGGAAAAGACGAAAUCAUUUUGGAAAGAAAUGUUGGAUUAGCAGAUAGAACUUUAAUGCCGGGAGAUGUUGUACGGCGAAUGACAGAGAGUGACACUCAAAGAGGCUAUUGUCGUGAAAUACGAGUAAAAGCUGAUCUGAAAAUUUUAGGAAAUUCUAGAUAUAUUAUUAAAGAUGUUUUAUCUGAGAGGCUUGUGCCACUUGUUUCAAUUCCAAGAGACAAUGCUGUAUGCUUAAAUGGUUGGGUUGGAAGCACAAAAAAUAUAGAUGAAAAGCUAACAUUAAGAUCAACUUGCGGUUCAGUAUUAGAGCUCCGCCCAGACAUUGAUUAUUUUCCAUUUAAAGAUAAAAACAAUCGAUCGGUAUUUUCUAGCAAUUUGUUUUACGUUGGACAGCAGCUAAUAGGUCCAGUAUAUGAACUUGAUAAUGCAAAGUGGAUAAUUCAAACACCGGAUAUGAGGACAAGUCGAAAGCAUAAAGCUGAACGUAAGUUUACAGUUCAGUCUGUAGAAGUCGACGGUGUUUAUGUUCAUUGGCAAUGUAAGGCUUCAUGUGAAGAGAAUUCUAGCUCAGGUGAAUCAGGCAUUCCAAAAAGCUACAUCACAGGCGAGGAUCUAAAGAAAAUGAAAAGACUUAAUUUAUUUGAAAGUUGCAUGUUACAAAUCAACGAUAAAAAUUAUCUCAAUGUUGCUGAAAGCGACGUCAUAGUUAGGAAAUCGCAAUGGAAAAAGGAGCAAAGCAAUAAAUAUCGAAUUUUAAGUAGUAGAACAAAUCAAAAUUUAGAAAACUCUGAGGCUUCAAACAAUACUUACGAACAAUAUGAUACCGAAAAAUUUAAAUUAACUGAAUGUGAGAAGCAAAGUGUUAACGUACAAAAUAAAUUAAAUGAAUGUGAUCGAACAAAAUUAUGUCCACAAUCGAAAAAGUUUCUCGAAAGUGAUGAGUGGCAGACAGAAGAAGAAGAGGAUGAAGAAGUACUCUCUGAUAGUGGAACAACGGCAUCAUCUUGUUCAAGUAAUCCUACACCAAAAGGAUCUCCAAAGAAAUCACCACUUCUUUCGCACAAAAUUAGAAAAUUAAAAAAACAUAAGCAAAGAGAUCCAAAAGAAAGACAAAUUCCGCAGAUUGGUGAUCGUGUGGUGACAGAAGUUUUGGUGGUUUAUAGUUGGGCUACGGUUGUUUGGCAAGAUGGCUCAAUUGAGAAAGAUAUUCCAUCAACAGAAUUAUGUCCAAUACAUCAUUUGGAUGAUCAUGAAUUUUUUCCUGCUGAUUUUGUUUUAGCAGCUAACGAUUCAGCAAAUUUUAAUCCAUCCUAUCGCGAUUAUGGUGUUAUUCAAAAAGUUGAUCAUUUAGGACGAAUCGCUAAAGUUAAAUGGUUUAGUACUUAUACAAACAUAGAUGAACCAACGCCAAUUUAUAAAGGUGAAUCUGAGGUUAGUGUUUAUGAUCUCAAAGAUCAUCCUGAUUUUCAAUACCGUCCUGGAACGAUUGUAAUACGUGUGGCAAAUUUUCCGAGUGAUCAGCAAUGUGCUACAGCUGGACAAGUUGUCGAUAACUAUCCAGAGGGCAGAGUAAAAGUCUGGUGGGUUGAUGGUACAGUAUCGAUGUGCUGGCCUCAAGACUUAUUUGAAGUAGGACAAUAUGAUUCAGAAAAUAAUUUUUGGGGAAAUGGUGGAGAUUCUGAUGAUGAAAGUUGGCAAACUGAGGAUGAAUUUAGUGAACCUGGCGGUAUGCCACAACAACAGCAUUUAACAGCUAAUUUAGAACGAGCACGAAAGGCAAUGGCAAGGUUAGAAGAACUUUUUAUAAUCAAUCCUAAUUUGCAAUCACAGGAAGUGAUGAAAAAACUUUUAAUGGUCUAUAAAAAGUGUCGUUACCUCGAUCGAUUAAUGAAUACUUCAUUUUUUCACGAAUCGAAUUUUAUGGGAUUAGUAGAAAGAGUUAGAAAAGGAGGCUCACAAACAACUGCUGAAAGAGUGCUUGAGAAAAAGAAUCGUUUAUUCAAUGAGACACCAUUAAGUGGAAAUAUAGCGCAAAGUUCUGUAGAAAAUACAUCAAACACUGGAAAGACUUUAACAAAGAAAAUUUCACUUUUAGAGGCUACAAAAUCCUCGUCAUCAAAUUCAAAUAGUCAUGAAGAUAAUAGCAGCUACUGCAGUUUUGAAAGCACCAAAUCAUGUUUCCAGCCCUCAACACGACAAGCUAGCCAAGAAUCACCAACAAAAAAGCAAAAUCUUUUAGUUGUUGCCUCGGAAGCAUGGAAACAACAAGGAAAGUUUCAUUCAACAUCAUCAGAUAUAUCUAGUAUUACUGAUGAUAAUCUUAAAUUAUCUUCAUGCUCAUCACCAUCAUCUGCUUAUAAAACACCAUCACCAAAGAAAGGUGAGGAGAUUGAAAAGAACAGUACUGAUUCUGGUAUUCUAAUUACAUUAGAUAAUGGCUCAUUGGAAAGCUCUAAACAAAUUAUUGAAGCACCGGAAUCAAAUUCCAGUAGUUUUGUUAUAACUGUGUGCGCUAAGUUAUGCUCGCUUAUUAAAAUUCAAUUAGUGAAAGCCUUGCAGGAAAUAAAUAAUCGCUAUUGUCCUAGUGACACAUUUAAAGAAAUUGUUGAGCUAGAAAUGGAUUCCAAAGUUAUUGCAAAAAUUGAUAGUGAAUUUGAGGAAGAAGAAAUAUCUUCUCCUGAUGAAGUUAAAUCGUUUAAUUUAACUGAUUGUGCUGCAAUGACGAAAAAAGAAGAAUACAAAAACAAAACAAAGAUAGAAGGUGAAAAAUCGUGUAUCGAUAACUUUCAAGUUAUUGAUCAUGUACCGAGUACGCACAAGUAUCAUUUGACUGUAUUCCAUCCAACAAAUCCUCACUCAUUUUAUAAAGCUGUUCAAAAAGAGCACAAACUACUUAAAAAUUCAUUACCUAGUGGUGUUUGGACUAUUACGUUUGAAGACCGUCUUGAUUUGUUGAGCGUUCUUAUUCAAGGACCGACUAAAACACCUUAUGAAGAUGGACUAUUUGCCUUUGACAUUCAAUUAGGACAUGAUUACCCAAAGUCUCCACCAUUGUGCCAUUACAUUAGUUAUUGUCGAGAUCGAUUAAAUCCGAAUCUUUAUGAAGAUGGAAAAGUUUGUGUAUCACUUCUAGGUACAUGGUCGGGUCGUGGAACAGAAAUUUGGUGUCCAAAUAGCAGCACAUUACUGCAAGUGAUUGUUUCAUUACAAGGACUUAUUUUAGUAGAUGAACCAUAUUACAAUGAAGCUGGUUACGAAAAACAGAGAGGUACUCAACAAGGUAAAGAGAACUCUCGAAUGUACAAUGAAAUGGUAGUCCUUAAAUUAGUUCAAUCAAUGACGAAAUUAAUAUCAUCACCACCCGAAGUAUUUGGUGAUAUUAUACAAGAACAUUUUCGUAGAAACGGUGAAAAUUUUUACUAUCGAAUCAAAUCAUGGAUGGAGUUGAGUGGGAAUAACUCUAAUGAUGCUUGCAAAUCUUCAACCAGUGAAGGAAAGUGUAGCGCUAUUUCUAAACCAGAAUUUCCUCUUAUUCCGGCCUCAAAGGGAUUCUGCUUAACAUUAGUUACAGUUCUAGAUGGAUUUUAUCAAAAACUUCAUGAAAUUAAGGCAGUUUCAUAAUUUUUAAUUUAGCAAAUUGUUACCUUUUUUGGCUAAAAUAAUGUUUAAUGCACAAAAAAUUACUACUAUAAUAAGAUUUGUAAUUUGGCG